AUGACCACAGUGAACACUGGAGCCGCCAGGGGACCUACUGUUAUUGCCCCAAAUAAUGUCCACAUCAUCCAGUCCGGGCACCCUGUGCCUCCUGGAAGCCACGUGCAGCCUUUUGGGGUGACCGCUUAUCCGGCCUCGACAAUGGUCCAGUGUGACACAGGAAGAGCACAUUUUCCGAGCCACGGGGGAGUGGCAGGUGCACAGAAUCAGCCCAUUCUGCUCCAGUAUCCAGCAGGAACGGUUGUGCAGACUUCACCCGUAGUGGUCCAAGGCUCAACAGGAACCACAAACCUCCAGAGUCUGCCCCAGAACCUUCAGAAUCCUCCCAACUUCACGCCCCAGUCCACAGGCCCCUCCAGCCAGUUCCAGGGGAAUCCAUUAUUUACAUCAUUUUAUACAUUUGAUCCCAAGAAAUUCAUAAACGAAGAAGUCAGGACCCUGGGGGCCAUCCAGAUCCUCAUUGGACUGACGCACUUUUUUUCUGGGAUGGCAACGAUCCCUUAUAUUGGCAUGUCGGUGACCACAAGCUCAGGGUACACGUUCUGGGGAGGACUGUUUUACGUUGUGUCUGGAUCCCUCUCCGUGCAGGCCUCGAAGGACACCUUUCCGUGUGUGGUGAACAGCAGCAUCGGCAUGAACAUUGUCAGCACCAUCGUCUCUCUAACCGGGGCCAUGAUUCUCCUCUCCGAUAUGAUCAUAACUAACGAUACACUUCUCAAGUUAUACUGUGGUGGGAUCUUCCCCUUUGCCCUCCUGGAGUUCUGCCUCACCUGUGUGGCCUCAUAUUUUGGGUGCCAGGCUACCUGCUGGAACCAAUUCACGAACAUGACGCUGUGGUCAAACAUGUUCCAUACCAACCCAGUCAAUACGGCCAGCGGUCCUUACAGCUCCACCAGUGGCCUUGCCAAUGCUCCCCCAAGUCCUGCCAAUGUUAACACCGGCCCUGCCGACACAACCAACAGCUCGUUCAGUGCAACCACCGGCUCUGUCACCACCACCACCAGCUCGCUCAGCACUGCCACCAGCUCACUCGGUGUUACCAACCGUCCUGCCAACACUGUCCCAGCCCCACCCGCCCCAUCACCAGCUGCACUAAAGCAGUCACAGGUUCAGCCAUCCCCAGCGACCCAGGCGAGACUCCACUGA